CUUCAUGGAUCAUUGUGUCUUAGGGUGUUCAUUUUGCUGCUAAUCAGGCUUACAACUGUCACAGUCACGAUCUUGGUCCGCGCAACGCCGGACGAACACCAUUCAGGAUAACGCACGCUAUUGGACUCCAACCAACUAGUGUAGUAAUAAAAGAUCAGAUAGCUCCGGGCGUUACUAUAUUGGGUGUGUUCGUCAUUGGCGAGUGAUAAGGGAUGCAGACGUCGGUGCACUCCCCACGGCUUGGUGCUAAAACACCGGCGAAGCCCAAGGUUUCGCACGCACGGUCGCCCAAGCUCCUGCUGAAUCAUGCGCGCGGCGGCAACAGCAGCUCGCUGCUGCCAGCAACGGUAGCAGCUGCUGCUGCCGCCACACUCCAGGCCGCAGACGCAGCGGCUGCGGCGUCUCUGCAGUCCCCCGCAGCUGCUGUUGUUGCGGUGGUGGAUGCAGUAGCUGACGCCCCACCCCCGGCGGCCCUGGAGGCGGCAGCAGCAGCCUCAGCUAGCCCCGUGGCAGCAUCCGUCGACGCCGCCGUCAGUUCUGCCGCCGCCGCCGCUGACGCCGCCGCGGCCACUGCGUCGCCAGCCAUGAGCCUCGCGGCGCAACGUUAUGCGGAAAUGACGAGCAAGGCGGCGAAGGUGCUCCCCAAGAGCUCUGUCAGCAGCGGCAGCGGAUCAGGAUCCCCUGGUUUCGAAGCGCCCUCCUUUUCCAUGCCCGACCUAAGCCGCGGUGUGCAGCUGCCCAAGCUAUCGGCGCCUGACCUCUCCAAGGUAUCGCUCCCCGAACUGCCAAAGCUGCCCAGCGGCGGUGGCGACGGCGGCGCCGUCAGCAUUUCCCUGCCAAAAGUUGACUUCAGCGGACUAGAGCUGCCUGACGUCGGCGGCGCCGCCGCCGGCGCAAGCGGCGCCGUUGGCGCUGCCGCCGCUGACCUCACCGCCUCCGUCUCUAAAACCGCUGGCGACGUCGCCGCCGCCGCCGGCGGCGCGCUUUCGGAUGCCGCCGCCACCGUCGGCGGCGCCGUCGCCAGCGCCAGCGCCACCGUUGGCGACGCUCUGUCCACGACAACCGCCGCCGUCAGCGGCGCCACGUCAUCAGUCCUGGGCGAGGUGGAUCGCGAGGUGUCGUACGUCCGAGGUGUCGUACAAGAGUUCACCGCCGCCGCCAGCGACACCGUCAGCGGCGCCGUCAGCGCGACGGAGGUGGCGGUGGCGGGUACGGUGGACCAAGUGUAUGGCGCGCUGCCGCCGCAGGCACAGCUCAUUGCCAGCGACCUGGGUGACGUGGCGGCUGCCUUCGCGCAGCACCCCACCUCCAGCCUGGUGCUGGCGGGGCUGCUGGGGCUGCCGCUGGGGGUCAAGAGCUGGAUGGACAGGUACGGCGGCUACAGCGGGGAUCUCCGGCCCGCCCGAGUGAAGGAGAUGUUGGGUCGGGAGGAUGUGCUGCUGGUGGACGUGAGGAAGGAGGCGGAGCGGCAGUCCGCGGGCGUGUUGGAGCUGCGUAAGGGCGCUCGCUACAAGGCCGUUGCGCUGCCCGCGGACGCAGUGGCCCUGUCAACCAAGUGGGACAAGGAGUCCAAGGCGGGCCAGCAGCUGCAGCUGGCUGUCACCUCGCUGCUCAUCAGCCGCCUCACGCGCAUCCGCACGCCCCUCACAAAGCUGGUCAUCAUGAACGACCAGGACGAUGCGGCUGCCAGGGCCCUGGCGCGGGCAGUGCGGGCGGCGGGGGUGUCCCGUGUGUAUGUGAUGCAGGGGGGAUUCCAGGCCUGGUCCUCCGCGGGCCUCGGAGUGCUGCCGGACAAGACCGAGUACGACGCAUCCGCAUUUGCCGUACUGGCGGAUGAGAUAGCGGAGCUGGCGGCCGCGGUGGGACCCAAGCUGCGCGAGCCCGCCUUCCUCGCGUCCGCCCUGGCAGCCACCUCGCUGGCGGCGGUGGCAGCAGCCAACUACCACACCACACUCAAGUAUGUUGCGGUUUGGGGUAUCUUCGCCACCCUCUACUGGCGGCUCAGUCGCUAUGAGAGCCCACAGGCCCUGCUGGAAGAGGUCAAGGGCGGCUUCGCGGCCACCGCCGGUUCCCUCACCUCCGCCGCCGUCGCCGCCGCCACUAGCAACCCGCCGUCGCCGUCGGUGGCGCUGGCGGCUCCGGCACCCGUACCCGCUCCGGAGCCGGUGCGGGAAACCGUCGCGGCGGCGGCACCGCCGCCGCCACCGGCGCCGGCGGCUGCCGCCACCGUCGCGGCGCCAGAGGCCCCUGCCGUACAGGCGCCAGCGUCGUCGCCGGCGCCGCCGUCACACCCGACGGAGGCCUCCACCACGGUGCUGGCAGCGGCGCUGGCCGCCGCCGACGCGCUACCGCCGCCGCCGCCUGCCGUACUCCCUGACGCCGCCGCCAUGAGUGACACCACCACGAGCGCGCCCGCCGCCGCCGCCGCUACGGCCGCUGCGAUGACAGCGACGCCUGCCGCCGCUGGUGCUAACGCGGGCCCCGGUCCCGCAAUCAAGAAGAACGGUAACGGCAACGGCUCCGCUAAGGCUGGCAACGGUAACGGUAACGGAAGCUUGAAGGCGGCGGUGACGGCGGUGGCGCCGGCUCCUGCGGUCGCUGGUGGCGAGACUGCCUCUCUGUCUGCCUCCACAUCCUCCACGGACCAAGACAGUGCCUAGAUGCCCUCCUUUAGCGCCGAGUAAUAUUGGAAUGGAGCAUGACGCAUGAGGAAAGGGUUGCAUUAGAGAGAAGAGUACGGAGAGCACAACCUAUAUGACGUGCGCGUUUUUGUUUGCGUAUGGCGUUAUGGUGAUCAAUGGCCGUACGGCAGAUCCUGGUUGCUGCUGUACGGAAGCAGUACGGCGGAGUAGUACGACAGCGGUAAUGAUAAGGAGAAAUGGCCAUGAAAAGUUGUACGACAAAGGAUGGUGAGGUUAAGUGGAUGUACUGGAUACCGGGACCAAAGCGCACUGGUACGGCAUACACACACUUGCGAAUGGCGGUUGGAAAUGCCGCCGGUUGGAUAACGGUAGUAUUUAACCACUGUGACGGGUACGGCAGAUCAGCAGCGUAUUCCUGAAUGCGGAGAGACGUUGCGGUACCCGGCGUUUGCGGCGGCUUGCUGCUGACUCUGGUGGUGUACACACCGAUUAAUGUGUGGUUAUGUAGGUAUUAUGGAGAUGGAGUG